AUGACGACGACGUCGUUGAAGCGUUCGCUCCACAUGGAACUCCAUGCUGAGUUGGUGAAGAUAGUGGAGGAUCUCCGUGAGACUUUGGGUCAGACUCAGAACGCCCUGGGCGAAGCCCGAUCUCGUCUGGCGACGUUGGAAGGCGAUCGCGCCCGUCUUCAGAUGGUGGAGUCACGUCAGACUCGUGUCGAGGCUCAACUUGACCGCUUAAUUCGGAUGCAACAUCCUGUGAUUACGCCAGUGUACGCGGCGCAAGCACCUUCAAGUCAACAUGGGACGGGUUUCGGUAUGAUUUAA